UCCCCCAAAGUCAUGUCCUUGGCAUGGUAGGCAGCCAGGGACAUGGCCUCGCACAGCCCUGGAAUCCUGGGAGAAAGCAGUGACCGGAGGCAGGAAGGGCAGAGCUGAGGGGACAGGCCAGGAUUUAUGUCUCCCAUCUCCUCUGACCCACUCAGCUGCCUCUUAGCACAUGGAGUUUUCCACACCAGGGGGGCCUCCCACCUAGUUUCUUCCAAAACCUCCACCCUUCCCUCCCUUUGUCUUUCCCCUUUCCUCCCCUUCCUCCUCCCCUGUCCCCCUUAGGGGAGGUGGGGGCUGCUAAGUAUGGUGUGGAGUCAGCGGGGUUCUUGGGAGAAGUCAGGAACGCAGGACGUCCAGGUUGUAGCCUCAUAGAUGGAAGGUUGGGACCCGUCCCCACCCAGCCUGUUUUGCCCCACACCCACCCCGUGCCAGGCUCAGCAUGGGCCUGUCUUGCUUCACUGCAUACCUCUCGUUCCACAGCCAAGCCAAUCCAGCUCGGGGGGAUCCAGGAGGAGCCUGACACAGGGAGGGGAGAAUGGGGGUUACACUUCAGCUCAGGGAUGGCCUGUGUGUAGGAUAGGCGCCUUAGAAACAGUCCCAGCCACGUUCCCCAGAAAAGAACUAGAGCAGUCCCAGCUGCGGCCUUGGGGAAAGAAGUGAGUCCAGUCCACACCAGGACAGGUGCUCAGCCUCAGCUUGGGGUGGGGACCCAGAGAUUUCUAACCUCAUAAUUAAUGGUCUGGUGACAGUUCUGAUAACCGAGCUGCCUAGAUUAGCCACACGUUCUGGGCCUGUGAUUUAUUCCACUCGGGGCCCCUUGGCAGCAAGAUCAAACUUGUUGCCGACAGUCAAAGAUCAACCCAACAAGGGGGGAGACUCAAGUUCAGGAAGUUGAAGUUUGAAAGACAGCAACCUCCUGGUGGCCUCACGCGGGCCUGCAGCUCCCAGACACAGGACAGUCACCCAGUAUAGAGCAGUUCACACGUGCGGGGAGCUGUUGACCUGUGGUCACUACUCGAUACAACCUAUGAAGCUGCAGAGCGCUUCUGGCUCAUUCCUAUGACUGACCUGCAGGGAAGCCAAGAAACCCAGAGAGGAGGCAGAAGCCAGAAGACAGACCCCAGCCCCAGGCGCCUUGCCUCCCACCCCUCCCUACCUCCUCUUUCCCCAGCCUGCCUCAGCACCCUUCCUUAUCUACAGCCCUCCAAGCUCCUCAGGGGCUUAGCCCCUCCCCAGCUGCCCCUUGGGCCCUACACCCCACCAUGUCCGUGGCUGUGGAAACCUUCGGCUUCUUCACGGCAGCCCUGGGGCUGCUGAUGCUGGGGGUAACCCUGCCACAUGGCUACUGGCGAGUGUCCACCGUGCAUGGGAGCGUCAUCACCACCAACACCAUCUUCGAGAACCUCUGGUAUAGCUGUGCUACUGACUCCCUCGGAGUCUACAACUGCUGGGAGUUUCCAUCCAUGCUGGCCCUCUCUGGGUACAUCCAGGCCUGCCGGGCGCUCAUGAUUACAGCCAUCCUCCUGGGCUUCCUGGGCCUCUUCCUAGGCAUGGUGGGGUUGCGCUGCACAAACAUCGGGGGCAUGGUGCCCUCCAGGAAAGCCAAGCUGGCAGCCACCGCGGGGGCCCUACACAUAUUGGCUGGUGUCUGCGGGAUGGUGGCCAUCUCCUGGUACGCCUUCAACAUCACCCGGGACUUCUUCGACCCCUUGUAUCCCGGAACCAAGUACGAGCUGGGCCCCUCCCUCUACUUGGGCUGGAGCGCCUCCCUGCUCGCCAUCCUGGGCGGCAUCUGCCUCUGCUCCAACUGCCGUAGCGCUCGCGACGGGAACCCUACCGCCAGUGCCGGUCUUCCCUACAAAGCAGCCCUGCCGUCCGCCGGCUUCCCUGCCCGCCUGCACCCCGCGUCUUCAGAUGAGGAAGGCGACAGCAGCUUUGGAAAGUACGGGAAAAACGCUUACGUAUAAGACGCCUGUGGACCCCAUUCCCUUCCCACUGCCCCCAGUAGAGAAGGAUCCCCCAGCCCCGGGCUGCUGGUGCCUGCCCCUGCAAGCCACGCCUAGCUAACUGCACCUCAGGCCACGCCUCCCCGGUCGGAGCCCCGCCUUGGUCACGCCUGCUUCGUCUGUCCAAUAACCUGCCUACUGAGGACUUCCCUGGGACUCCUGAGGCUGAUCCCUCUUUGUUUUCUGGGCUCUAAGCGGCUGAGCGGGCAGAGCAGGGACUUGCCUGUGUGUUUGUAUUCUAAACGGAUGCAUAAAUAUAUUUGUACUGUGAACUGUUCAGGGGUUGAGGGUGUCAUGUAGCCACUGGCCAAGCAAGGGGUGCUGGGGCAGCUCCCAAGGUCAUCUCAGGUCUUGGACCCCAGGCUGUCACCUGCCCCUCUCCAUUGCCGUUGGACUGUCUCAUCCAGCAAAAGGGAGGAGGGGUCGCAAGUGGUUUCAAGAGUGGCAUUCAUAAUUAUUGAUAAGAGUCGUCAAGGAGCAGAUGUGGGGAGAUCCAACUCUAGGAAACUGAAAAGAGCAGAGAGAUCCUUCCAGGCAGCUGGAGAUUUAAAAAGUCACUCUAUUCUCCACCUUUCUCACAGUUGUGCAAGGAGACACUUGGUCUAGAGCACAGUUUCCUUAUCUGGGCCUGAAUAUGGAUAUCAAAAAUUGAGAAGCUUUUAAAUUAUGUUGCAUCAACUAGGUCUGGUGCAGAAAAUAAACCCGACUGGAAAUCCGACAAAUUCUGAAGCAGGUGAUCACAGAAAAGAACAGAUGGU